GGGAGCGUGGACGCGUGUGGUCUAACCGAGCACGCGCCGCCGCCUCCGGGACCUCGCGUGCGCUCCUCCUCUGCCUCCUGUGUGUGGGUACCCGCUGUGCGCUCUCUCCUUCCCCGGUGCCUCUUUGCUGCAUAAUUGUCCUCGCUGACGCUGUGAUACUCUGGACGCGUGCACUUGAUGUCCGGUGGCAGCUGUUCCUCUGCGCUGAACCGUCUGCGUCAGCUCGGGCUCUUGAGGAACAUGAAAACCACGCUGCGCCCCGCCUCCCCUUCCGCCCCCCACCGCAAUACCCUUUCCGCCGCCCCCUUACUCCGCCUCGCUGACGGGGGCGGGUCGAGCUGAAAGAAAACGAGACUCCGGCGUCGCUCGUGCAUGUGUGGUGCCGGGGACGGGAGGAGGCGAGGGCCGGACGUCCAGACAGACAGGCCGGCGUGGUGAUGUGUGUUGGUGUCGCCGCGGCGGUGUAGUGAUGAUCAAGUGUCCUGUGUGUUGGUAGAGGCCGGGAGUCUGUCCUCAGCAUGGCGGGGCGUCGCGCUGCCCUUCCCCUCGCCUCCCGCCUCCUGCUGGUGCUCGUGAUGACAAGGCCCGUUCUCGCGUGCUGGCCGGACUACGUGGAGCAGGGCGCGGAGCAGGCCGACGUGGUGGUCAUGGCGAAGGUCAUCCACGUGGGGUCAACUCGCGGUCACGGACUCAAUAGUUUUUAUAAUCUAGUGCGAAUACAAGUGAAAACGUUCCUGAAGGGCGAGGAAACGUGUCGGAAACAUGUGCAAAGACCGGAGUGGGAGGAGGAGGCCACGUUUGUCGAGGUGCCUGACCCUCCUUCCUCCCCGCCCACGGAUCCGCCCCUGGGUGUGGACGGCGUGUCGGCCCGGGGCACCUGCAGCGGGCGGGUGCGGGUCGGGGACAUCAUGAUCUUCUUCCUCCGCCCCAAGACCCAAACCGAGGUCAGGGAAGGUCGUAGUGCCGCGGCGACCUUCCUCGUGACCUCGCAGCCCAUCAAGCUCAACCUUCAGCUCCUGAGGUACACCCAGACUGCAGUGCAAGGUGAGUACCCGCUGGUGCUGUGUUGGUGCUGUGCUGUACUUAUUUUGUUGUGAUGUGUUGUACCGUUCUAUGCUGUGCUGUAUCGUGUUGUCCUGGAGGGUUGUGCUUUUUUAUGCUC